AUGUAAAGAGCUUAAUCUGCAGCACCUAAUAUUGGUAUUUUAUGUAUCUAAAAUUAGACUUUCCUAUGGAGGAUAUGUUUAAAAUAGCAACUAGACAAACAUCAGGUUUUGGAAUUGAAGGAUAUGAAGCCCCAAAAAAGUACGUUGAUCCAAUUAAAUAAAUGGAAGAAAGAAAAUUCUUAACUUAAAAGAAAGGUAAUUUGUGUUUAUUAUGUUUAAGGUUAAAAAAAUAGAAAUCAUGUAACUAAAAGAGGUCAUUAUUUAGAAGAUUUGUAAAAAUUAUAUGAGAAGUUACCUGCACCAAAUAAAUAUAAUAUUGUUAAACCAUGGGUUCCAUUAAAAUAAGAAGGAAGAGUAAAGAGUGCACCAUAAAAGAGGUAAAUAUUCAAAAUGUAUGUUUAAAUAGAUCCACAUUUAUAGAUUAAAUAUUCAAAGAGGCAAAAAUAAGAGGAAUUCCUGGUGCUGGUAAAUAUAAUGUGAUACCUACUCUUGAAGAUGUGUUGAAAAAAGUAGAAGAAGAUAAGAAGAAAAAAAUAGCGUAAUAGUUUCUUAUUAUUUUGAAUAGACCUGUUGAAAGACCAACUUAUUUAAAUGAAAUUUAACAUUUAGCUGUAAUCAAUCCAGGUCCAGGAAAUUAUAAUCCUCAUGUAAAAUUUCUAUAUGAUUUUAAUAGAGAAUUGAAAAAAAACUAAAAAUAAAUGAAACUAAACCAUCUGAUUAAAUUGCUAAGCAUAAAGAAUAAGAAAGAAAGAGAGGCAAGUCAUGUUUACCUGAUAUUGGUACUUAUAAUCCAGAACCAGUUGAAUUCACUUCAUUUAAUAAAUUGUAAUAAUUAACAAAAAAGAAGGACAAAUCUGAUAAAAAUGUUAAUAUUAUUAUUAUUUUAUAGAAUUUUGGAAGAGAAGAUAGAUUUAAAGAUCCAAAAAAAAGUAAAUCUAAAUAAGUUCCAGUUCCAGGUCCAGGAUAAUAUCCAAUGAUUGUAUUAUGGGCUGGAAAAGAGAAAGAUAAGAACAAUCCAAAAAAAAAGAAUUAUUUAGAUAUUACCACAAGAGGGAUUUCUCGUUCAAUAUAUUAUUGA